UAAAUUGAUGACCUUCGUUGAUUAAACUACCACAUUAAGGAUAUUAAUUGGAUUUUUGCUUCCAGUACCUGUGUGGUGAACAUUUAAACCCGUGCAUGUAGAAAAUCGAAAAGAUGGCUAUUAAUUCCAGCUAUUUACGACCAGCCUUUAUCUUUCAGUGUAUGUGGUUGACACUUUUCGUAAGGACACAAAACGGGAAUUUCCGUUCCUCAUUUUAUAGUCGUGUACUGGAAGCAAACAAUCUCGAACCGUCUAGUAACAUUUUGGCAGACCAUCAUGCCUGUGACAGUUUGUCCGACUGCGCAUCUAUUUGUCUGAAUAACAUUCUUUGUCGUUCAUUUUUCUACAAUCCUGUACAAGAAAGGUGUAUUCUGACUCCUGCGAUCAAUGUUUCUACACUACGACCUUCGCCGGGAUUUUUACAUUUCAUCACCACUGAUUGUAUUCGGUCCAAGGCAGGCUGGAAUUACAAUGGGAAUAUCCAUCAAACAAAGAGUGGGCGCCUGUGCCAGAGAUGGGACCAACAGAGUCCGCAUACCCAUAGCUACCAAGAUCUCUCGGAUCAACACAACUUCUGUAGAAAUACACACUUAGAUCGCGAAGAGGAGGAGGGUCCGUGGUGUUUUACAAUGGAUUCUGACAAGAGAUGGGAAUCGUGUGGACUUCCGCCAUGCUAUGAUUUUUCCCGAAACUGCAAAACAACACAAAAUGGAGCGGAUUAUUAUGGGACGACAGAUAUGACCAAAUCUGGAGAUCUGUGCAAGAACUGGUCAGAUACAACCAAUCAAAAUCCCUCUUACACCUUUCUUUCGGAUCAUUUUAAUUUUUGUCGGAACCCGUUCGGAAAAGAGAAUGAUCCAUGGUGUUAUACAAGGACAAACUGGGACUAUUGUAAUAUUACUCUUAAGGGGAUUUUCAAAAUGACGACCAAGAUGCCAUUAAUUUCUUUCCCUUUCGUUGUCGUCAUCGUAGUCUUUAAAUCGUACGGAUCUCAUUUCAGAGAUGAUUUUUUUCAUCGUCUGCCCAAGGCAGACGAAAAAGUUCUCAUGAAAAAAGUUCUAGCGGAGUUCACCGGUGUGUCUGUUCGUCAGUGUGGCUUGAAGUGCUUGGAACACUACCUGUGUUCGUCUUUCUUCAUCAACAGAGGGAAUAAACACUGUAAACUCGCAGGAGAGGUCGACUUUCAAAAUCUUGUCCAAUCGCCUGGUUACAGGUACUAUGUGUCUGACGACUGUAAGCGGAGUAUGCUGGGAUGGGAGUACACAGGCACAAGGGAUAGGACUGUGGACGGGGUACUCUGUCAGCGCUGGGAUCAACAAUAUCCCAAUGAACACACUUACGAGCACCUCUCAAGUGAGCACAACUAUUGCAGAAACCCUGCUAAAGCAUACGCUAAAGGCCCGUGGUGCUAUACGACAAAGGGAGACAAACCCUGGAAUUACUGUUUUGUUCCAAAAUGCGUGACUGCACCACGAGAGUGUCUAACAGCAGAGAGAGGAGCAGACUACUUUGGUACAGUGAACUUCACCGCCACGGGGAUAGAGUGUCAGAGGUGGGGGGAUAAGUACCCCCGGGACCAUGACUACACCAUUCUCAAGCAGGAAGAAAACUACUGCAGAAAUCCCUUUGGAGAAAAGAAAGGUCCCUGGUGUUACACAGUGUGGGGACGAUAUGAAUUUGAUUAUUGUAAAAUUCCAAAAUGUUAAAAUUGCAAUACAUUUAGUGUUCUACUAUGCUUUUUUCUCUUCAUUUGAAAUGAUAUGUUUUCCAAACAUGGAGCUUUUUGAACAA